AUGAUUAUUGGCAAAAAAGUGAUUCUACAAUUUUUUUUCUUUAUCUCGCAAUUACUCGGCCAGAUUAUUACCUACGAUGCGGUUUCCUACAGUAGUGCCACUAUUGGCGCUUUGGAAGUACAAAGUAGUUCCUUCUGGUCUGUCUUCAGUUCUAAUGGAAAUUUUGUGUUUAAUGGCGACGUUCACGUAGAUGGCAAGUUAUAUAUCAGUAAUGAUGACUAUGCUACAGGGCUCUCAGUUAGCUUCGCAGUGAAAAGUAAGAUCAUAAAUCAUGGUGAUAUCGUAUUGACGACAGGUAAAGGAUUAGCGACUUCUUCAUAUAAUUGGGUAUUGAACGAGUUCUAUAACUUGGGUAAUAUUUGGUUUGACAGUAAAUCUCCCAUUCUGAGUUCUCCAUCAUAUAACAUCCAAGCACCUACUUGGAUCAACUAUGACGGCGCCAGAAUUCAUUAUUAUUUUCAAAACAACAACUAUGCUGUCCCAACAUUUGGCCAAGAUAAAACUACAAUGACUAAUCUAGGUACCAUUUGCUUGACACGAGCUAAUUGGGAGCAAUAUUUUGGCGUUACAGGGUCAGGUUGUAUCGUAGUUGGGACUCUGACAACUUUUACUUUAUCUAACCCUGGCUCCUUUGAUGAGCUGCAAAUAAUAUAUCUAACUUCAGAAAAUUCAAUGGCUUACAUUGCUGACAAUACCAAAACUUUCCGUAUAUACGGUUUAAGCGACCAAAACAUAAUCAAAACUAGUCGAACGAUCAAUUCUUUUCAGUAUAACCCUAACGAUGGUAUCUUAACUAUCCGUAGAGGAUUAUUCUUUUUUGUUACUUAUCUUCGAAUUGAUGUGGGCUUGGGGUAUAAUCCUGCAAAGUUCAGCCUAACAACAAAAGGUGGCCUUUUCCGACCCAAUGACUCCAUUUUUUACCGUGGACCUGCUCCAAAUGGUAGGCCAGCUAAUUGUCUUCCGUGUUUACCGACCCCAAACCCCCCGAUAAGUGCAACUUCCCGAAGACUUCCAAACUCAUACACUAUGCCAAGCAGUCUGAGAACCUUAAAGUCACUUGCAACUAGUAAAUCCUCUGACAAUAUAGAGGGAACAUCUACGACACCUACAAUAGUUUCUUCCAUAGAAACUUCAAGUUCACAACCUGUUCAAACAAUCAAUUCAAAACCUACUUCAUCAGGCAUUCAUACAUCUGCUUCAUAUUCCUCAUCUAAGCCGCCAGAAACGAUCCAGACUAUUAAAUCAACUUCUUCAACCCAUGAUUCAAUUUUUGCAAUAACUUCCAGUACAACUAGUAAUAUUGGCUAUGCGUCCUCGAUAACCAAGAAAUCAACUCCAAGCACUUUGGGGUAUACUUCAACGAAUAUAUAUAGCUCGUCAGCAAACUCAAUUAAAAUUGAAGCGGGAAUAUCUGUUGCCCAAAUACAUAAGACUUCCGUUUCUAGCAGUGAUAUACAAGAAGUGACAUCGCUUUCCCAAACAUCAUUGAAAUAUAAUCCUGCGAUAUAUCCUUCAUCCACUUAUGAUCUUAAUACUACUUCUUCAAUUGAAUCCAAUGCUGUCGCACGUACUUCAUCCAAUUCCAACUCCUCAGUUAAUUCCAAUGCAGUGAAAUCUUCAAAUUCGAACUCCUCAGUCGAAUCCAGUGCUGUCGCACGUACUUCAUCCAAUUCCAACUCCUCCGUAAAAUCCAAUGCUCUGCAAUCUUCCAAUUCCAACUCCUCAGUCGAAUCCAGUGCUGUGAGAACUUCAAAUUCGAACUCGUCAGUCGCAUCCAGUGCUGUGAGAACUUCCAAUUCAAACUCGUCAGUUGCAUCCAGUGCUGUGAAACCUUCCAAUUCAAACUCGUCAUUUGCAUCCAGUGCUGUGAGAACUUCAAAUUCGAACUCGUCAGUCGAAUCCAGUGCUGUGAGAACUUCCAAUUCAAACUCGUCAGUUGCAUCCAGUGCUGUGAGAACUUCAAAUUCGAACUCGUCAGUCGAAUCCAAUACUGUGAGAACUUCAAAUUCGAACUCGUCAGUCGCAUCCAGUGCUGUGAGAACUUCCAAUUCAAACUCGUCAGUUGCAUCCAGUGCUGUGAAACCUUCCAAUUCGAACUCUUCAGUCGAAACCAGUGCUGUGAGAACUUCAAAUUCGAACUCGUCAGUCGAAUCCAAUACUGUGAGAACUUCAAAUUCGAACUCGUCAGUCGCAUCCAGUGCUGUGAGAACUUCCCAUUCAAACUCGUCAGUUGCAUCCAGUGCUGUGAGAACUUCAAAUUCGAACUCCUCAGUUAAAUCCAAUGCUCUGCAAUCUUCCAAUUCCAACUCCUCAGUCGAAUCCAGUGCUGUGAGAACUUCAAAUUCGAACUCGUCAGUCGAAUCCAGUGCUGUAAGAACUUCCAAUUCAAACUCGUCAGUUGCAUCCAGUGCUGUGAGAACUUCAAAUUCGAACUCGUCAGUCGAAUCCACUGCUGUGAGAACUUCGAAUUCGAACUCGUCAGUCGCAUCCAGUACUAUGAGAACUUCCAAUUACAAUUCUUCAGUCGAAUCCAAUGCUGUGAAACCUACUUCAUCCAAUGCGAACUCCCCAGGCGAAUCCAAUGAUGUGGCCCCUACUUCAUCCAAUUCGAACUCCUCAGUCGAAUCCAGUGCUGCGGAUCCUACUUCAUCCAAUUCCAACUCCUCAGUCGAAUCAAGUGCUGCGGAUCCUACUUCAUCCAAUUCGAACUCCUCAGUCGAGUCCAAUGCUGCGGAUCCUACUUCAUCCAAUUCGAACUCCUCAGGCGAAUCCAGUGGUGUAGCCCCUACUUCAUCCAAUUCGAACUCCUCAGUGGAAUCCAAUGCUGCUGAUCCUACUUCAUCCAAUUCGAACUCCUCAGUCGAAUCCAAUGAUGUGGCCCCUACUUCAUCCAAUUCGAACUCCUCAGUGGAAUCCGGUGUCGUGGAAUCUACUUUGUCAUAUUUUACAAUAUUGAGUAAUACAAUAAUUAAGUCCGUCGGAUCAACCCCAUCUUCACCAUCGACCUGGCCCACAAUCAGGACCAGGUCAGGAAGAAUACUUGGAGAUUUUCCGGACGACUUUACACUAAGCGUCAAAAGUCCUAUCUCAAGUGAAGCUAAUAACAAUACUUCCACUGUUAGUCCUGAUAGUAGAAUUGGGGCUACCAUCCUAGAAACCACUUCUUCAAAACCUAGCCCCUCUGUUACAGAAUCUAUUGUUCGGACCCCUGUUAAGACUAGUUCUGUUGAAUCGACAGAUGAAGCAUUGGAAACUAGCAAUCUUAACUCUUCCCCUUUUGAAGCUGGUUCAUCUGUUGCAGAAUCUACUAUUGGAGCUUCAUUAGGGCCUAAUACUAUGUCGUCUCUAAAUUCUAAUUCAUUGGAGACGACUAUAGUUGGAUCUACUUCUGCAAACUCAAAAGGUUAUACCAUUACGUCAACUUCACCAAGGCUAGAUUUUACUAUAUCUGAUACUGCCACAGAGCCAUCUGUUGAAACCUCUCUCAAUCCGGAGUCUUCCAUUGCCAAACUGGACUCAGACACUGCAACCAAUAAUAGGUAUACCCUGUUUACCAGUGAGAUGAGAUCUUCUUCAGAUGUUGAAAUGUCUAGUUCAACUUCAGACGCUAAAUUUCAUUCUGAAGUGGGGAGUUCGAUGCCAAAUUCGAGUGCAUCUAUAAGUUCCAUUCAGACAGAUGCAAGCAGCACGGCUACAGGAACUAAUACCAGUCUUGGCAGUAUAUCGGUAUCUUCCAGUAAAGCUUCUACUGAAGAAUCCUCUAUACUUUUUGCAACGACCACCGAUGGAUUCCCCGAAAUUAGAACUAGUAUCGUGCCUACCCCAACAAUUCUGAUUAUCACCUCCUCCGGCACUUCAAUACCCUCUGAUCCAGUAGAGCAGACCUCGUCUUGGAAUAAUGAUUUAAACCCUCAGACAACCUCCUUGGUGACCCAUAUGGAACCUACAAGUAGUAUAUAUCAGUACAUAUUACCGACCCAUAAGACAUCCAGUUGGGUAACGGACUCGAAAUAUGCCCACUUGUUUGAAUCGAGGUACUGGAAUGGAAGCUUGUCUGAUUUUACAUUAUCUGAGGAGGCAGUGUCUCCCACUGGUGUAUUGGUGAGCACUUCUUCAACAAUUGAGAUAUCAUAUGAAGAGGAUAGGUUACAUGGAAGUAAUACUGUAUACACUGCUAGUGCAAUCACAGUUAGUGGUGUGGAAUCUAUACCAAGUAUCAAAAUUUCCUCUAAAGUCGCAAAUUUUGGUAGUACUCCAGAUACUUCAGAUAUUCCAUCCAAACUUUUUGAGUCUCAUGAUGCUUCCCUAGCCUACACCAAUGCUGGGGUUGUUACUAGUUCGGAGUCUGUUCCAUGGAUACAACCGAGCCCGACUUCAAGUUCUUGUGGGCCAAACUCUUAUGAUACUGUUAUUUCUGUGUCAAGUAGCAUACCCAUGACCACAAUUCAAAAUCUUCCGAACUACCAUGAGAUUUCAAUCUCUGAGUCAAAUAUUUCCCAGAAUAUCUAUUCGAGUGAAUCCACUACUAUGGUUUUCGUCUCUGUUGGUCAAAAUAAUUUUUAUCCAGCCGAUCAACCGAUUGUCGAGUCAAGUGUUUCGUCUCUAAAAUUGCCUAUAUCAUUUAUCUUUCUCUCUUUGAUUAUAGUAAUGGUACUUUAG